AUGGCUAACCUUCGAAUGGGCGUUACCUUUGCUGGGGUGACUCUUGCCGCACUGGUGAUUUUGCAGUUGAUUGCAGUCUUCAAGAUCGAUAAUCAGUCGCAGUCGCCUUUGCCUCAUUUCAGUUCGAACUUCAACCAGUGGAAACAUAGGGCAAACAAGGCAGCAGCUGAUGAUAUCUUUUUGGUCGGAGCGGGCAAGGCAGAUAUAACAGGACCGGUAGUGGAGAUUGCUUUCGGUGGUUAUGCUAGUUUGGACCAACGAGGCACUGGUUUAAAGCAGAGACUGUAUUCUCGCGCAUUCAUCUUCGCAGACCCAAACAAGCCCGAUGAGACAUUUGUGUACCUGGUCCUCGACAUACUCACAGGUGAUACGGCUGUGCGACAUGGUGUUCUGCAGGGUCUCAGUGCGCUCGGUGGGAAGUAUGCACGGUACGGCGAACACAACGUCGCAAUGACAGGAACACAUUCGCACUCCGGGCCUGGAGCGUGGACAAACUACCUGCUUCCUCAAAUUCCUUCGCUGGGAUUUGACAAACAGAGCUACCAAGCUAUCGUCGAUGGUACUAUUCUGUCAAUCAUCCGCGCUCAUGAAAACCUGGCGCCAGGUCGGCUUUCCGUUGGGUCCAUCGACUUGCAGGACACCAAUAUUAACCGUAGUCCUUAUUCAUAUGAACACAACCCUGAGGAAGAAAGGGCACGUUAUUCUGCUGAUGUUGAAAAAACUCUUUCUCUCAUCCGGUUCGAUCGCGAAUCGGACAGCAAAACAACGGCAGUCCUGACAUGGUUCCCUGUUCAUGGUACCUCUCUGUAUAACAAUAACAGUCUGGUCACUGGUGACAAUAAGGGUGUCGCAGCUUAUCUCUUCGAGCGCAGCAUCAAAGACGAUGCGAGAUUCACUGACGAUGCCGUCAUUGGAUUCUCCCAAGCCAAUGUCGGAGACACAAGCCCUAACAUCUUAGGAGCUUGGUGUGAAGAUGGCUCUGGACAGAGGUGCCGAUAUUCAGACAGCACCUGCGGUGGCAGAAACGAAGAUUGCCAUGGUCGAGGUCCAUUCUUCCGUGAGCAAGACAAUGGAGCGAAGAGUUGCUUCGAGAUUGGACGGCGCCAGUAUUCUGCAGCAAAGAAACUCUAUGAACAGAUGAACACCAACCCUAUCAAGGUCACUGGAAGUUCAGCAGUCAAAGCUUUCCAUGUAUAUCAAAAUAUGGAUGGCUAUACAUUCCCCUCGCCCUUCAACUCGAGUACGCUGACGACGUGCCCUGCGGCUAUGGGGUACUCAUUUGCUGCUGGAACCACCGAUGGACCGGGUGCAUUUGACUUUACCCAGAACGCCACUGGUCCGGCUUCAAAGAACCCCCUGUGGCAAGUUGCGCGUGCAUUCAUUCACCAGCCGACCAAAAAGCAGCAGGAGUGCCAAGCUCCCAAAAAGGUGCUUUUGGACAUUGGCCGACUCACUCAACCGUAUGCAUGGGCCGCAGACAUUGUUGAUAUUCAAGUUCUGCGAGUGGGCCAGCUGUUUAUCAUCAUCUCCACCAGCGAGGCUACCACGAUGUCUGGCAGACGCUGGAAGGAGGCUAUUGCGAAGGGAGCAAAGCAACAUCUUUCAGUUUCCGACCCUCAAGUUGUCCUGGGAGCUCCGUCAAACACCUACGCUCACUAUGUGACAACCGAGGAAGAAUACGGUGUCCAACGGUACGAAGGCGCGUCUACGCUAUACGGCCCGAAUACCUUGGCGGCGUACAUCAAUCUGACUCUCACCUACCUGCCAUAUCUGGGGACCACAUCAGAGGUUGCCAAACUUCCUGCCAUCAAGCCCGGUCCCAAUCCCCCAAUCAAUACCAACAAUUCCUUGAGCUUCAUAACAGGGGUUGUGUAUGAUGGGAAACCCUUGGGCAAGUCCUAUGGAAAUGUGCUAUCGAACCCGGAAAAUGGACCCUAUGGCCCCGGCGAUAUUGUCGAGACUGUCUUUGUGGGUGCUAACCCACGCAACAAUCUGCAUCUAGAAUCGACUUAUGCUGCUGUCGAAAGAAAAACUGAUUCCGGCUGGGAGGUUGUGCGCGAUGAUCGUGACUGGAACUUGGCCUUUUUGUGGAAGCGGACCAAUGAAAUCCUUGGGCAAAGCGAGGUGACUAUUCAGUGGCAUAUUGAGGAUGACUUUUACAAUGUCGACAAUCCGAAGUCCCUGCAAGCUGGAACCUAUCGGAUGCAUUAUUAUGGGGAGUCAAAGAACAGCCUGGGCCAUAUCAAGUCCUUCGAGGGCAUUGGCGGGACAUUUGCGGUUACGACUUCGUAG